AUGGAGCACAGCCACAUCUUCUACCUCCUGCCCUCCAACAGCAGCGUGUGGACCCCUGGGCAGCAGCCCCCCGCCAGCACCCUGCGCUGCCCUCUGGGUCCCCUGCCCGUCAUCUACUACAGCACCCUGCUCUGCCUCGGCCUGCCCGCGAACAUCCUGACGGUGGUGGUCCUAUCCCAGCUGGUCCUGAGGCGGCAGAAGUCCUCCUACAACUACCUCCUGGCUUUGGCCGCGGCCGACAUCCUGGUCCUCCUCCUCAUCGUGUUCGUGGACUUCCUGCUGGAGGACUUCAUCCUGGGGGCGCCGCUGCCCCCCUACCUGGGGAAGGCGGUUCAGGCUCUGGAAUUCUGCUCCCUGCACACCUCUGUGUGGAUCACCGUGCCGCUGACCGUGGACCGCUACGUGGCGGUGUGUCACCCGCUGCACUACCACGUGCUGUCCUACCCUGCCCGCGCGCGCCGAGUCAUCCUGGCCGUGUACCUGGGGGGCCUGCUCUCCGGCGCCCCCUACUACUGGUGGCCGGACCUGUGGAGGGGGCCCCCGGGCGGGGGGUUCGGUCCGGCCCAGCAGGCCCUGGUGUGGGUGCACUGCGUGGGCGUGUACCUGGUGCCCUGCGCCGUGUUUUUGUCGCUGAAUUCCGCCAUCGUCCGGCAGCUCCACGGCCGGCGCGUCUCCUCCAUGCGCCUCCGCGGCCGCUACUCCACGGGCAAGACCACCGCCAUCCUGCUGGCCGUCACCUCCGUGUUCGCGGCCCUGUGGGCGCCCCGCGUGGUCCUGAUCCUCUACCUCCUGUACGCCGCCGCGCCUGGCCCUCCCUCCGCCCCCACCCGUCCGCUCCACCUGCUGGCCGACCUAGCCAACAUGCUGGCGCUGCUCAACACGGCCGUCAACUUCUUCCUGUACUGCUUCAUCAGCCGCCGCUUCCGCAAAAUGGCCGCCGCCGCGCUGGGCGCGCCGCUCUGCUGCGGGGACAGGAAGCGGCUGCCGCCCCAGGCCUUCUGCGCCGGGCGCAGCCUGUCCGUCACCAGCAGCUCCCGGGUCUCCCCCGCCGGCUCGCACUGCAUCAGGAUGCUGGUGUACCAGUACGAGCGCAGCUCCGCCCUGUCCCUGUCUCCGCCCGGACCCCGGACCCUGUCCCCCUCCCCCUGCCACUACCGCCACCGGCAGCCCCUUCCUGAGGGCAGCUGA